UGAAAGAGGAAAGACACAUCGCCAAAUUUUCAUCUGAUGGUUGUGGGAUUACAUUGAUUUAUGCCGAGGUUUAUCACAACAACGAGAAGACCAAUAGAAGGGAUCAACCAAGCAAGGGCCAACCCGCAACAAGAGGAAGAGGAGGAGUUGCAAUUGUUGUGGUGAUUCGAUUCGAUUCUCUUGAAGGUCGCUGUUGCGUUGGUUGAGCUCACUUGGAAGUACCAGUAGUACUGUAGAGAAUAGAAAGCCAUGGCGCGCCAUGGUGGGCUCGAUUUAUCGGGAGUUAAUCUCUACAAUGAGAACGGCGGGGUUGUUCAGGGUCAAAUCUGUGGCCAGGCCAUCUUCACAAAGCUGCUAAGGAACAAGAAGGGGAAGGGUUCGAUGCCGUUGUCUCAGACUCCGUCGGUAUUCGGCAAGGAUGCAGGUACGCUAUGCAUGAGUCCUGUUGGUACCGGUAGACCCAAAAAGACAAAGUUUCGCCAGAGAAAUGAAUAUGUUAACAUGAACAUGAGCACCAUUGACACAGAGUCAGAAUCAUGCUCCAGCGAUGAUGUCUUCUCGGAAGAAACCAGCGCUGGAUCAUUGACUGCUACACUAGAUGAUCUCCAGUCUCCCGCUUUUGUGGCACAGUUUGAUCCCAUGGAGCUCUUGAACCCCACACCCGCGCAGCAGGAACAGCAACAGCAACAACCAUCGCCUGCCACGAGAAAGUCGGCGCCUUCCUGGUCUGCCUCACUCCCGGCCGUUCUAGAAGAAGACUCCAAAGACUCCCAAAGUGAACAAGGAAGCCAAGGACAGGGUGGAAUAUGGAGAAACAUGAACAGCAUUCUAGCCCAACCUCCGGCUCUCGAGGCGUAUGACGAUGAUGUGGAAGACGAUGAGGAGGAGGAAGACUCUAUCCUUAGAAAACUGGAACAAGUCUUCUUGAUGGACUCAGAUAGAAUCGAAUCGCCUCGGUCGAUUCCGAAUGCCAAUGGACCUCCACAACGAUACCUGCACGAAGGAGCAACAGAUGAUGGCAUUGAGCAAGAGCUGGAGUCUCCAGGGCUACGAAUCCCCGGCGUCAGCAAACGGCGAGAUCACUCCAAGCAUUCGUCAAAGGAACAAUCCAUGAGAGAGGCCGUGGACAGACGCAUUCAACAAGUAAUGGACGAAGAGUUCGGCCAACGGGUCGCUGCUCGACCGCAACCUGAACCUUCAGUAAGUGAGGAUGAGAGCCGUGAUGAUUCUCCACGUAUGCAGCAACAUCAUCAACAAGAACGGAGACAGGUGCUGCAGCAGCCAGACUAUAACCCAUUUCACCAGCACCAUUCUAGCGGUCCUGAAAGGGGAGUUCAAAGCAACUGGUAUCACCAAGAUGAGAGCCAUGCGUUGCGCCCGUCCGCUGUGUCCAAUCAGAUGCAAGACCUUCUUAGGCAACAGCAAGUGACUCUGAAAGAGAUGUCGAUGCAAAACUAUCACUACCGCAAGGAACUCUCAGAAUGCCAAGAUAUGUUUGGAAAGUGGCGGAUGGAACGUGAAGAACAGCGAAGCACCAUCAAUGACUUGGUCAAGGAAAAGGAAGCAUAUGCAUCUGAAGCCAACUUUUUGCGGAACGAGAUGUCGUCUAUUCGUCACGAGUUGGAAGCUUUGCGAAAAGGGGCACAAGUCCACACCGGGCUACAGAACCUGAGGCAGAAACAAGAGCCCUUGAGUGAAGCUUCGUCCAAGAGGCAAGAACUGUGGAGUAUCGGAGCUGAGAGUCCGUUUAUGCAAACUCGUCUUCCCUUCGAUGGUCAGAUGCAGUCGCCUGGGUUUAGUGAGGGGAAUGUAGCAUUGCCUACUGCACGUUCUGAAUUUGCGCCUCCGCCACCACCACCACCGCUCAGCAGACCGCAACCAGACACGCCGACUCGAUUAGAAAAUCACAUUGGCGCCAGCAAACCGGACAAGCCCAAGCCCCUUGUGUCAAAGCUGAAAACGACUCCCACCGACCCGUCCAAGAAAAAGCACGGUCGCUCCGUAACAUUCCACGACCCUCCGAAGUCCAAAGAGUGGACCCUCUUUCCCACCAAUCACGUUCAAGACGACGAGGAUAUUCUGGACAGUGCCUUUGAAGCUCAUCAAUGGACUCUUGUUUCGCAGCACCAACAGCAGGCACGGGUUGACAAUGUUGCUACAAAUCGGCCUGAAGGCUUGCAUGUUCAUCCUUCAAACAACAAUUUGGAAGCCGUCCCAGAGGAAGAGCCCCCCACGCCUGUGGCUGCGAAUGGGAGGGUGGCUUCAAGCGUCGCUGACGUUGAAAGCGAUGAAAGAGAAGCGGCGGCGAAUUUAUACAAGUACCGCCUCGAGACAAUCCAGAGAAAUCGACAACAGCGCGUCGUCGGCAGAGCAGACACCGUGACGGUCUAUGGCAGUCCCGACGGUAGCAUUCCGGGCAGACAGAAAAAGCGAAGAGGUCGUCCUGCAGCGACAUAGGAGCUGCCGACCAAUGGUGUGGUUGACUUUGAGCUCUGUCAAGAGUGAUAUUGGCAUGUUCUAGAUAGUCUGAGCGUAUAACGUUUUAAUUAAUUUUAAUAAAGUAGCUAACGACACACGAGCACACAUCUUCAUAUCUUCGUGGUGACGGUACUACUAGCAGUAGA